UUACCUCCCAAAAAUCGUUCCUGCCGCUAGUCGGCCUACUCCCACACGUUCGGCAUGGCUCACAGCCACCAACCACAUUAGCUCUACUGGAACGCUACUCACACCGUUGGAUAACUUGACGUUGGAUAGUGGCACAAGUAAGCUCACAAUUUUUAUAAAAUGCCAAGAUAGACUUCAUAUCAUUCAAAUGCUUCCCAAUCAGAUAUGCUGCGAGACGCCCCGCAAGCAGUGCAUCGUCGAUGAUGAAGUAGUUUAUAUUGAACUAGAUGACCUAGAAAACUUGGAAUAUUGCAGCGAAUACGUGAGACACAUAGAUGGUUUCUUAUUAGUUUACUCGAUCACGGAUAAACAUUCACUUGAUAGCUUAGCGGAGCUACUGAAGGAGAUCCUCCGACUGAAGGGAGCAGAAUAUGUUCCCCUCGCGGUGGUUGGGAAUAAGUGCGAUGCGGAAUAUGACAGACAAACUCUACGAAGUGGUCAGAGCCCUCAAUCUAUGGAACGUAUUGAAGCUUUACUGAGUCUAUUUCUAAAGAUGGACGCGACUUUGCUGUCAAGUGGCGAGGCCUUCACUUCGAAACCUCAGCAAAGCUCGCAAUAA